AUGUUAGAAAAAAAGUUUGCUGACAUUGACAAGAAAUUUGAGAAUGUUUUGAAGAAGAACAAGAGGAAGUUAGAAAAUGCUCAGAUAAAACCCAUACAUGACAAGUUCCUAUUUGCUCAGAAUGGUAUAACAGGUCUAAUUGCACCACCUGGGUCGGGUAAGACUUUCACUUAUCUUAAAAUGGCUGCACAACAACAAGAACUAGAUGAGAAGAACCCAUUCUAUGAGUUAGUAGUCAUUUGUAGUACUUCUGGUCAAUUUGACCAAACCGUAAAUUCGUUCAAAGAUAUUAUAAAAAAGUCUAAGUUAGUAUGUAUAAAGGAUACUGAGUUGUUAGAUUGGAUAAAGAAGUACCAAAGAAGAGUUUUGAAGUAUAAUGCUAUAAAUGAGUAUAUAAAUUCGAAGUUUAAAGACCCAAAUGAGGAAAUGCAGAGAAUAUUAGAGAAGAAACACUUCAGAAACAAACAGAAAGAGAUAGAAUACAUUUCGAAGAAAUUGCAAUCUUACGAUUGGAAGACUUACCCUCAUAGAUGUCUUCUUAUAUUAGAUGACUUUGCUUCUCAUCCUUUGUUAAAGAACAGAGAACAAGA